GGAAAUGAAUGGAUCAUGGAUGGACCUUCCUUCUAAGAAUGACAUCGAACAAUUGUUGAUGUGCGAGAAAAAACAAAAACCUCCGAAUUGCCGAAAAGGCAAGAAGCCAAAAAGACCAAAGGAAAAUGCAUACGAUCCCGUGGAAUUAAAACAGGCUACUGUCUUGGCAGACAAAAAGAGGAGGUAUGACGAAGGCCAACCACCACCAUGCGAACACGGCAAUACUGGUUCCAGUAAGAGAUGUCCCAAGGAAAAAUUGAAGAAGCCAAAAUACAAGAAAAGACCAAUGACAGCUGGUUUUUAUAGGCGACCACCAGAUCCAUACACUAAAGAUGAUAAAGACUAACUAACUUUGGUUACAACAACAGAAAAUACAUUCAUGUGCGUCUGUAAAAAUAAAUAUAAUAAGUAAUUCUG